UUGCACUGUGCCUUCUGAAGCUAGCUCGCCCCUCUAAUGACGCCGACCCAUUUCUUUGUUUUUUGGUUGAAAGUAAGUAGAAAAAAGCUGCUUUAAAAGUGAUUCCUUCGUAAUGUGGAGACGUCGAGGCGGUUAUGUGGGACUCUAGUGGGUCAGGACGCUUCUGAGCAGAAGAACAUCUGACCGUUUUACCCACCGCAUGAAAUCAGAGUGACUUCCCGUGUGAACAUGACGAUCGACAUCCCCUAUGAGAAAUUCUUGAAAAACAUCAGCACCUGUCAUAAUCGAGGAUCUUCGACUAACGUUUUUGAACUGGUGGACGUCAGGUGGACGAGGUCGGACUCCAACAGAAAAGCACUAACGUUCUCCUGCUGUUUGCUUGCGGUGGCCACCGUCGCCUCCUUGCUGCUGGCUGCCACAGCGCUCUACAACCUGCUGGUGCCGUCUGCUUCUUCCGCGCCUCCAUACGUGAGCUCCGACUUACGACCGAGCUUGGUGGAGUCCUGCUCGGACCCGUGCAAGAUCUUCCUGGUGGAGAGCAUUCCUCAGGGCGUAGACUUCAACUCCAGCACCACUCAUGGAUCCAUCUACCACGCAUGGCUGCAACUGAUGGCCCAGGCCCGCAGCAGCGUGGACAUCGCCUCCUUCUACUGGACGCUCACCAACAAAGACACUGGGACUCAGGAGCCAACAGCCAAUCAGGGCGAGAACAUCCUGAAGAACCUCGCUGAGCUCUCGGGGUCCUUGUCGGUCCGCAUCGCCGUCAACACGCCGCAAGAGAGUCAACCUCGGGACGACCUCAGAGUGCUCAAUGCCUCAGGAGCCGCUAUCAGGACAGUCAACAUGAGGGGGCUCACCUCAGGGGUCCUACACACCAAAUUCUGGGUGGUAGACAAGAAACACGUUUACAUUGGCAGCGCCAACAUGGACUGGAGAUCCCUCACACAGGUGAAGGAGCUCGGUGCGGUGGUCUACAACUGUAGCUGCCUGGCUUCAGACCUGUCCAAGAUCUUUGAGGCCUACUGGUUCCUGGGGGAGAGCCAGUCCAUCCCGUCUUCGUGGCCCAGCAGCUUCACCACCGCGUACAACAAGGACACGCCCCUCCAGCUGCCACUCAACAACACCCCCUCCAGGGUCUACUUGUCGAGCUCCCCGCCAUCUUUCUGUGCCGCUGGCAGGACGUCCGACCUGGAGUCCAUCCUGAGCGUGAUAGAGGACGCAGAGAGCUUCAUCUACAUCUCUGUCAUGAACUACCUGCCUACCUUGGAGUUCUCUCAUCCUAAGAGGUAUUGGGAGGACAUAGACACCCAGCUGAGGCGGGUGGCCUACGAGAAGCGCGUGCGAGUGCGGCUGCUGAUCAGCUGCUGGGCCAGCACGCCGCCCGCCAUGUUUCCCUUCCUGAAGUCACUGGCGGCCGUCUACGAGCCCAAAAGCAAACUGGACAUCCAAGCGCGACUCUUCGUGGUUCCUGCCAGUGCCGAGCAGAAGAAGAUCCCCUUUGCCAGAGUCAACCACAACAAGUACAUGGUGACUGACAAGGUCGCCUACAUCGGGACGUCCAACUGGUCGGGGGACUACUUUGUGAACACAGCAGGAUCCGCGUUGGUGGUCAACCAGACGGCGUCCUCAUCCCUGGAGCCCACCGUCCAAUCACAGCUGAGGGAUGUGUUCGAGAGAGACUGGAGCUCCGCCUACAGCGUCCCGCUCACGCAGCACACCAACCUCAAAGACGUCUGCUAGUCCACGCAUCCCACACUGCUGCUGGGUUGUUCAUGUAGAGUCGAACAACACAAGAAAGCUGCUCUAGAGCUGCUCCUUUUUAACGUUUUAAGACUCAAAAUAGGCGACACAUUACUACCAUGGUGAUGUUAUCAUGAAUGCAUUUCCAGACUUGGAGGACAUUUUCCAUCAUGUCUCAUCUCAGGGACAAAUAUUUUGUUUGAUUGCUGGAAAGCUGCUGUGCUUGUAAAUAGUAAGAUCACUUUUUUAAAACAGAUGUAAUUAAAAGAAAGUAAAUUCUCAUCAAAUCUAAUUUGAAUUUCCACUAUGUGGCGUUGUUGAGCUUCACGGCAACUGUCCACCGAAGCGAGAAGAGGUAACUGUACAAAUUAAAGUUACUCUUAAUCAGCUUUUAGAUUUUUUUUAUAUACUUUACGCAAUGUAACUUAUGAUUUCAAAGGUAAAACAUGAGACAAUAGUGAUUAAGCUGCCAACAGGGGACGCGUUUAGUUUUAAAAAGUCAAUGAAUUAACUUGUAGAGGUGCUUAACAAGAGAGAUGCUAGAAGCUGAUUAGUUCAAACACAAAAAGUAGGCGUGGCUGAAAUUUUGGCAUACACAACAAUGACGUCAAGGUCAGAAGCAGAACCCUAGUAAAAAUAAAAUACAUUAUCCUUUGUAAUAUAAAACGCUGGUUGGCUGAAACUGCCAUACACAACAAUGACAUCAAGAUAAGAAACGGGAAGCAGAAACCUAGUAAAAAUAAGAAAAUCCUUUUGUAAUAUAACUAUUGAUCUAUUGGAUCUCAUUGGAUUGUGUAGCUAAUAUGGUUGCUGAAGACUGUUGUUAAUAAAAUUGGACAUGUCCCCCUCCAGUGUAAUUAUGUAGUAGGAAUGCAGUAGAGCCCAACCCAUGGUGGGUCUAUUUCCGUCUGCUGGCCACUGAACUAAAACAUGACAUACUGAAACCAUAAACCAUUUACGUUAUCAUCACACCCACCAGGAGGUUAAUGCUAGUUAGCUUUUCCACAUGUCCCUUUCGGAAUGUUCCUGCUCCAAGGACAUUACUCAUCAACAAUUUUUCAUAACUUGUCCAAUCAGAAGAAAAUACUUUUUUUGAAGACACAGAAGCUGUAUUUUUUUUCUUCCAGGAAUGACCUUUAACUUAAUGCCAACACCGUUUUGAACAAGUGAAAGCUAGCACAUAAUUAGCCUGAUCCUCUGUCAAAUGCUAACAGUAUUCCUCUUGACACCAAGCCGUUUUGGCCAAUUUUCAUUUUUUCUGUUGUUCACGGUAUCACAGUCCCACCUACACAAAACUGGAGCUGAGCUGUACCGCUUGAUAGAAAUGUGGCUUCAGUUAUCUGUGGAAGAAACUAAUUAGCUAGUAGCAAGGUAACCUGCUAGCAUGACCUGACGACAUCACAAGUGUGGCGACCAAGCGUUCUGUUUUCACGUCCUGUCCUGAGUUUUUUGUAUUGGACCAUAAAAUUGAGCGAAAUUAGGGUACUCUGCUGUAUGUGUUGUUACCCCUGAGAGGAUGUCUUGUGGGCGGCUUUUAGUGUUUCCAAAAAGCCAAAGAAAAAGCAGGACAUAUGGACGGAGUUCUCAAUCUCACUGACAUGCCAACCAUAGAGGAAGCAGAGUCUAAGGACACAAACACGGACAGUUCCUUCACCAUGGCUGAGGUAUCUGGGGUUGUCAAAACGCUCCCCAACAGCAAAGCUACGGGGGUGGACGGGUUUCGGGAACAGUACCUCUGGAUUGGCAGACCGGGGUAGUGGUACUCCUUUUCAAGAAGGGUGACCGGAGGGUGUGUUCCAACUAUAGGGGGAUCACACUCCUCAGCCUCCCUGGCAAAGUCUAUUUCAGGGUGCUGGAGAGAAGGGUAUGACUGUUAGUCGAACCUUGGCUACAGGAGGUGCAAUGUGGUUUUCAUUCCGGUCGCAGAACACUGGACCAGCUCUACACCCUUGCAAGUGUACUCGAGGGUACCUGGGAGUUUGCCCAGCCGGUCUACAUGUGCUUUGAUUUCUUGGGAAAAGCAUUUGACCGUGUCCCUCGCGGUGUCCUGUAGAGGAUGCUCCGGGAGUACGGGAUUGGUGGUGCGCUACUACAUGCAGGAGCAGGAGCCUGGUUCGCACUGCCAGCAGUAAGUCAAGCCUGUUCCCAGUGAGCGCUGGCCACCACCAAAGCUACACUUUGUCACUGAUUCUGUUAAGAAUCAGAAUCAGAAAUCAGAACUGAAUUUCUCGGCGCAGCCAAGGCGUCUAGGAAAUCCAGUUCGGGUGCCUAAGGAUGUUGUCUCUGCUAUUUGCAAACAGUGUGGUCCCGAUGGCCACAUCGGGCUUUGACCUUCAGUAUUUACUGGGCCAGUUUGCAGCUGAGUGUGAAGCUUCUGGGGUGAAACUCAGCACUUCCAAAUUCAAGGCCAUGGUUCUCAGUCGAAAAAGGGUGGAUUGCACCCUCCGGGUUGGGAAUGAGGUCCUGCCCCAGGUGGUUCAACUAUCUCGAGGUCUUGUUCACUAGUGAAGAAAGGUUGGGGCGUCGAGUGUGGUCGACAGGCGGGUCGGCGCAGAGUCUGCAGUGAUGCGGUCGCUGUACUGGGAUGUUGUGGUGAAGAGAGAGCUGAGCCAGAAGGCAAAGCUCUCAAUUUACUGGUCCAUCUACUGUACGUUCCCACCCUCACCUAUGGUCAUGAGGUUUGGGUCAUGACGGAAAGAACGAGAUCGCGGAUACAAGUGUCAGAAAUGACUUUCCUCCGUAGGGUGGCUGGACUUACCCUAAGAGAUAGGGUGAGGAGCUCGGUCAUUGGGAGGGGCUCAGAGUAGAGCUGCUGCUCCUUUCACAUUGAGAGGAGUCAGUUCCGGGCAUGCCCAGCCAGGAGAAGGCCCUGGGGCAGACCUAGGACACACUGGAGGGAUUUUGUCUCACAGCUGGCCUGGGAAUGCCUUGGUGUCCUCUGAGGGGAACUGGAAGAGGUGGCCGGGGGCCGGGAAGUCUGGACUUCCCUACUGAGACUGCUGCCCCCACGACCUGGACGCGGAUAAGCAGAAGAAAAUGGAUGAGUGGAUGGAUGGAGUUAAACCUCUGACGCUUGUCGAGUUAAAGUCCCUAAAAACGGGACGUCAUGCAUGACGGCAGUUCAAUGUUCUUGUGACUUUAGAGGGCACGUUUUUCCCAAAAAUAUUGGAUACAUUCUUUAACAAGGCUACAUUUUUUGAACGUUCAUCCUUUUGUCUUUGGUUAUAGAUAAUAAUAUUUUGUAAUAUAAUUUCUUUUAAUCCAUACUUUCAAUGUAUCAAAAUGAUAAGGUAUUUUUGAGUAAACUUCCAGUAUCAUUUGAGUACUGCAUCUCAUUGCUGGGUCAAGUGUGCUGGUUUUGUAUAAUCAAGGUAUGGUCACCCUAAUCACUUAUAAGUACUAAAUAUGUUAAUAAACAUAAAUGGUGAGCAUGUGUAAUGACUUCCAGAAUUAGUUUCAGGUUUCAGGUUCAGUAUUUGUUGAAGCAUUUUAUCUGCUGGUAAUGUUGGGUCAAUGAAAAAGGACAAUGUGUUCAUUAAAAAGAUGUUCUGAUGCCGCAGUAAUUAAGCUUUGUUGU